AUGGGAAGCAGCGGGUCUGGCGUGCCGGGGCCCACGCUCUUCCUGCUGCUGGUGCUGCCGCCGCCGCUGCUGAGCGCGGGGAGCUUCCAGCACGACGGUCCAGGCUGGAAGGAUCUCCAUCACCUCAGUCUGGACUGGGGGAACCUCUACCGCCACCUCAUCCAGGACGCGGGAACCUUCCACCACCUCCGCGGCCCCAGCACCUGGACCCGGAAGAGACGGGCAAAAGACGAGAACUCCUGCCAGAGCUCUUUUGACCUUUACUUCAUCUUGGACAUGUCAGGCAGUGUGAACAACAACUGGAUGGACGUUUACGCCUUUGUGGAAGAUUUGGUCAAGAAGUAUGACAACCCUAACCUGCGGAUGUCCUUCAUCACCUACUCCACUCUGGGCCACACCCUCAUGAAGCUCACCUCAGACAGAAAUGAAAUUCGUGAUGGUCUUAGCAGACUUCAGAAUAUAGUACCUAGUGGAGCCACACACAUGCAGGAAGGAUUUAAAAAGUGGAAAUGGCUGUACUUGGCCCAGACCACCUGCAUCGAGACUGCUGACAAGGCCCGGAAAAUGGGAGCAACAGUAUACUGUGUGGGUGUAAAAGACUUUGAGGAAGACCAGUUAUUGGAAAUUGCAGACAGCCCGCAUCACGUCUUUGCAGUGGACCAAGGAUUCAAGGCUCUUAAAUACAUCAUUGAGUCACUCGGAACUAAGUCCUGUAUUGAAAUUACAGCUGUGGAGCCUUCCAGUGUCUGUACAGGAGAUGAAAAUGAACUGAUGAUUUCUGGAAAAGGAUUUAAUAAUGCAAAGAAGAAGGAUGAAGUUAUUUGUAGAUUUAAGUUCAGUGACAAGCAGUUGUUUGAUAUAAAAGCCGAGUCUGUGAAAGAUACCAGUAUAACAUGCCCAGGAGUAAAGAUAGAGAAGCCAGAUCAGGAGGUCUUUGUUGAAGUUAGCCUGAACAAUGGUGUCAGCUUCAUCAACAACAAUGUUAGCAUCACCAGCAAGAACUGUGCGAGUACCAGGGAAGCGAGACUAGAUGACAGGAAUGCCCCACCAGCUGCCCAACAGCCUCCCGAGGAGCCUCGCUCAUCACCACCCCCACAGUUCACCCCCUAUGUCAACCCUCUCUACUUCUGUGCCCUCAUCCCAGCCCUGCUCCUGUUCCUCCUGAUGCUCUGGUGCAUCUGGUGGCUGUGCCGCAGGAAGACCAUCAAGGAGCCACCACCAGUGCAGAAACCAGAAAGGGAGCUGCCAGACAAGGAUGCAGACAGUGUUUUCUCUUCCUCGGAGCCAGAGGAGACAUGUCAAAUGUCAUGCCCCACAGUGAUUGUCCCUUGUGGGUGCCAAGGAGGCAGGAUGAAACGAAUGGAGGGGAAGUGCCUCAACUUCGCCCUCAUGAAGCCCCACUGUGGGCAAUUGCACUGCAGCCCUAAGGUCUGCCUUCAGCCCAGCCAGGAGUGCUUCUCCGUCAACAGCUGCUGCUCACGGUGCCAAUACCCGCCGCCCGUGUGCUCCAGGCUUCCCUCCAGGAUGCAGCCGCUCAUCUCUCCCCCUGCCUGGCCAUGCUGCGGAGCCACGUUGUCACUCCAGCCCCCGUAG